AAUCCAGAACCAGCGAGUGUGUUCAGCGCUGGACGUUUGCAGACAACGCCAGAGUGCUCCAUGCGCGUCAGCGAGGUCCACUGCCUCUGACUCCAACGUGGGGGAUAGCUCAGCACCCACCAGACAGUCAUCCUCCAACAUGGAGAGGGAGAUGAGCGAAAGGAAUUGGAGCAUCGCCAAUGAGCUCCGCCUGGAAGGGAGAUUCUGCGACGUGAUCAUAAGCGUAGAUGGAGUGGAAUUCAAGGCUCACAAGGUCAUCCUCUCUGGUUGCAGUAUCUACUUCAGGACUCUGUUUACCAACUGCGCAGACAAGAUGGUCUAUAAAAUCCCCGGUGUUUCAGCUGAAAUGAUGGGUCUCAUCAUCGAUUACGCCUACACUGGGACAGUACCGAUCAGGGAGGACAACGUUGAGAGUUUGCUGGCUGCAGCAGACCAGUUCAACAUCAUGGGCAUCGUCAACCUGUGCUGCGAGUUCCUCAGUUCCAGGCUGUGCUUUGAGAACUGCAUUGGCAUCUGCAGAUUCACUGACUAUUACUACUGCCCCGACCUGCGCGCAGCAGCCUGUGUGUACAUCCUGCACCACUUCGAGGAGGUGUCCCAGGUGUCCAAGGAGUUCCUAGACCUCUCUGCUGAGGAGCUGGCACACAUCAUCGAGAAGGACGAGCUCAACGUGAAGCGAGAAGAAGCCGUGUUCGAGGCUGUGAUGAGGUGGAUCGCUCACGACCCGCAGAACAGGAGGCGGUACAUCGCCUGCUUGCUGGGCAAGGUUCGACUGGCACUCCUACAGUCUGACUACUUCAUGAACAACGUCAAAGCUCACGAGUACGUGAAGGACAAUGCUGAGUGCAAAGAUCUCAUCAUCAGUGCCCUGUCAGAAAUCUACAACCUGAACUUGUAUGGCCAGAGCUCCUCAGCCAACGCCAACCCAUUCACCCGGCCACGCCUGCCCUACGCCAUCCUCUUUGCCAUCGGGGGCUGGAGCGGGGGCGGCGCCACCAGUGCCAUUGAGACAUACGACGGCCGCACCGACGAGUGGCUGAACAUCCCCUGGGAGCAAGAGAACCCUGUUGCCUACCACGGCUCGGCGUAUUUGAAAGGCCACGUCUAUGUCAUUGGCGGAUUUGAUGGCACACAUUAUUUCGACAUUGUCAAGCGGUUUGACCCACUCCAGAAGACGUGGCAGCAGGUGGAACCCAUGCACUCGCGGCGCUGCUACGUCAGCGUCACCGUCGUGGACAACUUCAUCUACGCCAUGGGAGGGUUUGACGGGUACAUAUGGCUCAACACAGCAGAGCGCUACGACCCAGACACCAACCAGUGGACCCUGAUCACCCCUAUGCACGAGCAGAGGAGCGACGCCAACGCGACCACGCUGAACGGAAAGGUAAACGGACGGGGAGAGGAUGGAGAGUUGCAACAUGAAGAAAGUUCACAUAAACCUUCACUGAAUUUGUAACAAUUCAUUAAAUCCUGGACCUACAGAUAUAAAACAGCAUCUACCUCAUGUGGCAGAGAUGUGACCAGGAGUGU